UAUUAUUAUUACUGUAUCCAGCUCUGUGAGGACAUCCACAUUCAACAACAUCGUAUCUGUCGUAGAGCCAUCAUCAUCAAAAUCCUUUCUUCUCCUCCGUCCCCUCUCGCCUCUCGCUCGUUGCUGGCGGUUCUCUCAUCACAUCUCAUCCCCGUUUAUAAUAUCCGCUCGAGGAUUGCGAGAACAUCCCACUCAUCCUGAUAUCUGCGAUUGCGUGUCUGCUCUUUUUCUCUCUCUUUCUUUCUUUCUCCUUUCCAAGAUUCUGAGAACUACACUGAGCCGCGCCUCCGGUACCUCCUCCCAAGCGACCCUACCAGCCAAUCUGAACCUGGAUACCUCCGCUACAGUCUCCGCAAAGGACACCUUGGCCAACCUGACAGACAUUCACGAACAAGGGGUCCUGUCCCCGCAGCCCCUGCUGAGUACCCAGCAGGCUAUCAUCGACUCUAUCAACCGCAGGAAACGUGCUGAGCGCUCGCACGAGAUGAUGGCCAGAGGUUCCUUGGCAUCCAACCACGAUGGCUCCCCAGCCAGAAACCCAGCUGACAGCUGGCUCGGUGCUCGGAUGUCGCCGCAGAGACACCCCGGCGCAGUCUCUGUUCCCGGUCAACUACAUCUGCCGACAACUAUCCGGCAUCCACUCAGUCAUGUACACUCAAAAGGAAAGACGACAGCAAUGCCUUUGAGCAUACCUAUCACUACCUCAAAGCUCUCCUCAGGACUCAAGAUCCGCAUCCCGAGAGACCUGCCCAACCUCCCUGAGGCCUUUCGCAAGCGAGGUGCCAUCCGCUCCCAGUCCACAUCGACAUCUCCCGCUAGGCCAUCGAACAAGAGGACACACAGUGCUAUGAUGAUGGAGGACAGUUCAGGGGGCAACAGUUACAUCUCCUAUGCUGUGCCAGGCGAAGGGCCAAGGAUCAAGAUUAUGCGGAAGCAGCCAUCGGCAGUCGGUCCCAUACCACCACAUUUGGCCAACGCCACGAAUCUGGCCAUACGCACUGCCAAGACCCCUGUCUCUGCCUCCGCAGCAUCCUCGCCCUCAACCAACAACAGCUCGGCAUCACAAACACCGGCAACCGCUCCUGCCGGUGUAGCAACAGCUGAUGGCCUAGGUAGAGUAGACGAGACGGUCGUGAAGCACCGCAGUCAGUCAAAAGCAGGGUCGAGCUCGCCAAACUCGACACCGGUGCAGUUCCCGUCACCUGUACCUUCUGUGGAUAGCGUCGCGACCAUGCCGUCGUCAGCUUCAUCGCCAACGGUGGAUUCAUCAAAGAAUACAAACCACACCCACGAGGCGAGACCUGUAGAUGGGGUAACGCGAGGCGUCUCUGCUGGCAGUGGCGCUCUAUUUAAUACGCCCACGCCCGCCGUUUCUGUCACCAUGAACGCACAGGCCAUACCAGAACAACUCAGCCCGUCCUCAGGAGCUACUGAAGUAUUGGAUAUGGAUCACGACUCUUUGCAGCCGAUUGAACUUGUCCGUGUUGGCAUGCUCAUCCUGAAUCAGCUUCUCUGCAACACCUUCUGCAAGAACUUCAUCAACAAAGUGCCUCUGACAGUCGCCAACUAUCACCAAGUGAUCAAGAAGCCCAUGGAUCUGACAACCAUCGAGCACAAGUUGUGGAAGACAUUGCAUCUUGCCGGUGCCGACUAUGGGUCUGGAGCUUCGAUGGUGGCGCUGACAAAGGCUGCAGAGUUCUUAGCCAAUGAUGUUACGGAAGGAUACACGGAUUUGCAAGACUUUGAGCGCGACCUACGAAGGAUCUAUCAGAACGCCACCUAUUUUAACUCGCCAACCCAUAGCAUCUACAAGGAGGCUCAGUCUUUUCAGAACGCGUACAUCAACCUCCUGACCAGCUAUCGGCAAGGUACAAAACUGCUGUUGAACGAGCCCCUGCCUCAAGAAGCGUUUAGGCCUGAGCUGCUUUCGAUUUCAGAACCUGGGCCUCUUUAUCUCUUCCGCGCCCACACGUUGAGAGAGAUGGAGCGCAAGAUGACCGAUAUCUCUACGGACCUAUUUGCAUGUUUCCACCAGCCGAUCUUCGAUAUUGCGAACGAACAGAUUGGUCAACUUUCGCCGGAACAUCCACGUUUCGUAAGAAUGUACAUAAACAAGAACAGGAGUAUCCUGGCCAAAAGCAGGGAUGAGCGCUUUGCCCGAAUCGCUCUUCUCAGCGAUCUCCAGGUCGGCAAGCCCUACACAGUCUCGAACUCUGCAGCAAGCAGCCCUGUGAGUGUGAAAUCGUCGCCAGGCACGCGUGGUAGACCAACGACAGGCGCGAUCGGUGGCUCGGUCAGCAUGGUGCGGAUGACAGCCAAGGUUCUUAUUGGGAAGCCCAUUGGAGAAAGGUAUGAUAUGAUCACCGUCGGUGAUUUGGACUGCCCGAACGCGUGGAUCACGGUUGCGUGUGUCAGGGCCCUGGAUAUUGAUGUGGAAGUGCCCGCCAAGUUUGAGAAGGGAACCCUGUCAAAGAUGCGGCAUGAGGUCGUGGCCUAUUCUUCAGAUUCAAAGAUCAGUCCUGAAUACCAAAGGGCGUUUGCAGACGCGCUUGGGCUUUUAUUGCCUGGCGCCGGAAGGACUGGACAAGCGCCUGUAGCGACCGGGCAGCGGUCUAUGAUCCCAGCGGCGUCAACCGCAGCAGCUCAAACUGCGACGCCCAUGACGACCAGAGCGCUAGGACUUGGUAUCACCACACCUGCGACCACAUCCACCGCAGCUGCCACUGCCACAUCAGCUGGUAAAGCAGCACAGAAGAACAACUCUGGAAACAACAGCACAGGCGAGCGGACAUCGACAGCUACAUGGGUUGAUCUUCACGACCAGGGAUCUAAUGGACAGUAUCUGGUGAAGAUGCGGAUACCGUCCCUAAAGAUUCCUCACCGCGCAGCACCAGCGUCUGCUACAGCAUCUAUUUCUGGAGCCGCGCCAUCACAUCCCCUUGCUGCCUCGAUGCCAUCGACUCCACUCCUGCCCGCACGAGUCUAUGCAUUGUCAAGCCAGGUUCCUACUACGCCGACUUCAUCAGGCUCGGAUAUGGAGUCAUUAUCGGCACCGGACCGCAUCAUGCUGAGCGAGCAGAUCUCCAAGCGUGGACGCAAGAUGCUGCAGGAGCUCAAGGUCGUGGCCAAGCGAAAGAAGGUGCCGUAUCAGCGCUGGAGCGAUAUUGAACCAACACUGACGGUCGACACUGCACAUGGACUGUUCAAAAGGAUCUACCAUGUCCGCGGCGAGGAUGGGCUUGUGGUGCAGAACUUUAAGGAGAUGGAUGCAGAGUCGUUUGACCAACGCGUCCGGGAGGUGGCAUGUCUAUUGAAGCUGAGGAACCUCGAAGGGGUGGGGCAGAUCCAGGCGAUCUUUUACAAUGAGGAGGACCACCUUGUUGGUCUGUCCAUGACCAAGUACUCUUACACGCUCAAGCAGUAUGCCACCAAUGCACGCCGCCACCCUACCCCCUGUCAAAAACUGUCUCUCAUCUGCGACAUGGUCUCGGCAAUGUGCGGUAUCCACAACGCGGGCCUGGCACAUAGAGACCUGAGUGAGGUGAAUAUCAUGGUGGAUGAGGAUCCUAACGAUCUCCUCGAGGACCUGUCGGCCCGGCCCCAUAUCAAAGUGAUUGAUUUUGGCAAAUCGAUCUUUGUGGAACGCGACGAGGUGGUACGGUGGAGCAUGAAGGAGCACAUCCCCGAGAGUGAGCUCUCACUGUUGCCACUGGUGGUCCUGCCACCAGACCACGGGUACAAGCUGUACAGGUCGAUUUUGACACUGCCUCGGAACAAGUAUGACCACGAGGCCCUGCCGCCGGUGGAUCCACGGUCGGAGGACGUGUACUCACUCGGGGUUUUGAUCUGGAGGACGUUCAGUGGGAAAUCACCGUGGAAUGGGGCGAUUGAGGAUGAUCUGAAGAAGAUCCGGUACUAUGUAUCGAGAGAUGAACAGAUCAAGUUCCAGCUGGAGCGCGAGGUCGAGGGACCGGUGUCGCGGGAGCUGCUUUUGAAAUGUUUGACCGCACAGGCAGAGACGCGGUGGACGACGCAAGAGCUGAAGGAAUGGCUGGAUCGCCCCGCGGUUGCGGCUGAGCUGCUGAAGGAGUUUGAAGCCCUUGGAGGGGGACGGAAGAAAAUGCGGAAGAAUUUGGAUUGAAUAGGGAGGAUUAGGGAGGAGGUUUUUUAGGAAGAGGGGAGGAGGGGAGGAAGAUUAUAUUUUCUACCAUUCUUUCUUCGCGUAAUUACGCGUAAUACUUUUUUUCUUUUCUUUCUUCGUGAAAUAUAUACAUUGCGAAGGUAACAAAGGCCUUGGUUUCCCU